UUUUUUUUUUACUUUUUAAUUCACAGCUCAAAUGUCCCACUACGGAUGAUGGCUCCGAAAUUUUCUUUCACAUUAUUGACGCGCAAGGUAAACGUAAGCUUAUUGAGUUAGCUGCUGCAGCCUAUUCAGGGAGCUUUUUAUUCGGUUAUAAUACAGAAAUGGAUGUUACUGUUACAUCUAUUUUCUCUGAAUCACGAGAUAUAUCAACUAUAUUACUGAUGCCAGGACAGCAAGGUGGAGUGUUAGAAAAAAAUAGUCUUCUCAGUUUAGAAAACGAUAUAUUUACUCAUAAUUUCCCAUCAAAAAUUAAACUACUGGAAACGAAACUGAAACCUCACCUUAGUAGUAUCCUCCUUAUUCCACAUCUCAAUCAGCAGUCAUUUGUCAAUAUUUCGGACCAACUACAUCAAUUAGGAUUAGGUGAACUUUUCAAUAGCGAGUCAUCAAAUUUGAGAGGAAUUCAAGAAACUACGGCUGCACCAAUUCACCUUUCUGAAGUAUUGUUGAUAAAUCGAGUCAGUCUUUGUAAUGCAGAUCGUAAACAAAGAUUAAGUGAUAGGUAUCCGUCAUUGAUGGAUUUGAAAAGUAAUUUGAGUAAAUAUAUAGAAAGCACUCAGAGCGCUAAAGAUCAUGAUGCGAUGAUCUAUAAUGAAAAUGUUUUAAAAUUAGACAAACCUUUCCUUUAUAUUAUAAGGCACAACCCGUCACAGCUUAUUCUAUAUGUAGGUCGGUUUAAUCCAGUAAAAGUAAAUUAUUCGUGAGUUGUUUAUUACAUUAGAUAGAAUAAAUUAUUUAUGUCUCUA